ACGCCUAAAACAAAGCAACCGCCUCCGGCCUCCGCCCUUCCCCGCUCCUCUCCACUCUCCGGCCUCCGCUUCCCAUCCCGAUCUCAGCCUGCCGCUGGCACCCCUCCUCCCCUUCCCUCCCUCUACCCGUCGCCGCCGCUGCCAUGGACGAAGUCGUCAGCCAGAUUUUGGAGAAGCAAGUGCUGUCGGCCGCGAAGGCGGUGGAGGACAAGCUCGAUGAGGAGAUCGCCGCGCUCGACCGCCUCGAUCCGGACGACAUCGAGGCGCUCCGCGAGCGCCGGAUCCAGCAGAUGCGCCGCGCCGCCGAGCGCCGCGCCAAGUGGCGCGCGCUGGGGCACGGGGAGUACACCGAGGUCCCCGAGAAGGAGUUCUUCUCCGCCGCCAAGGCCAGCGAGCGGCUCGUCUGCCACUUCUACCGCGACAACUGGCCCUGCAAGGUUGUGGAUAAACACUUGUCAAUUCUUGCAAAACAGCAUGUAGAAACACGGUUUGUGAAAGUCCAUGCUGAGAAGGCUCCCUUCCUGACAGAGAAGCUCAGGAUAGUUGUCCUUCCGACUCUUGCUAUAGUUAAGAAUGCCAAGGUCGAGGACUAUGUGGUUGGCUUUGAUGAGCUUGGCGGCAAAGACGACUUCAGCACCGAGGAUCUGGAAGAACGGCUGGCGAAAUCCCAAGUUAUCUUCCUCGAUGGAGAAGGGUCUGCAUACGCCGCAAAGCAGGCUGCCGCCACCAAACGAAGCGUUCGGCAAUCAGACACCGGCGACUCAUCUGACUCUGAAUAGCUCCUCUGUUGGUAUUAUAUCUUAAUGGGUACACAAUACAGACGUAUGUUGGCUGAAAAAAGAGGGUGUUACUCCAGUUUUGAAAUUUGAGCUGGGAUUGACAUUAUAUAUCUCAAGAUCUUGAACCCUGAUAUAGGUUGUGGUUUGAGCUGUUGGAUUGUAUAGUUC